AUGGACCCAAAUGGGAAUGAACAGUUCAAAAGAAUAUUGGGAUCCAAUACGGCCUCCACUCCUGACUUCUAUGGAAGAAGUAUCAACUAUCUCAAGACACUAGAAAUCAAGAUUCCUUUUGCAGAGGCUCUUAAACAGAUACCUUCUUAUGCUAAGUUUAUGAAAGUCAUAUUAAGUCACAAGAAGGAUUGGAGAGAGGUAGAAACAGUCCUCCUCACUGAACAAUGCAGUGUAGUAAUUCUGAAAAACUUACCAGAGAAACUUCAAGAUCUUAGGAGCUUCAUGAUACCAUGCACCAUAGGGGAUGCCUGCAUAAGAACAGCCCUAUGUGUUCUUGGAGCAAGCAUUAACCUAAUGCUUAUAUCAUUAAUAAAGAAGCUCUGCUUGACUCAAGAAGUCAAGCCAACCCGAAUAUGCCUUCAGUUAGCUGAUGGCUUUAUCAAGUUUCCAAUAGGUGUGGUGGAAGACAUGAUUGUCUGGGUUAGCCCAUUUGCUUUCCCCAAAGAUUUUAUGGUGCUAGAAAUGGAUGAGCACAAAAGUGCAUCCCUCAUUUUAGGAAGACCCUUCCUAGCCACGGGACAGACCCUCAUUGACUUUCUAAAAGGGGAAGUAACCCUGAGAGUCAAUAAGGAUGAAUUCGCGCUGAAUGUUGUUAACGCUAUAUAG